GGGCAAAGAGGGUGGAGUGAUGGGAAUCGGAUAGUUUUUGCAGCAAGGAACAACGUUACAACAAACCCAUCUCCUGAGCAAAAAAGUAACCACCGGGAUUUCCGACGCAUCAAAAAAAGCGUAACGAAAAUACAUACAUAGCUGAAAGGUCAUUUUCCGCCAUAUGGUAAAGAGCUUUCACAUCAAAAGCAAGUCUGUUCCUCAAGCUCAUGCGCAAGUUCAAACAAAAACAAAAUCCAAUCUUUGUAAGCAGCUCCGACGAGAGAUCCAGGCCCAGACCCAGUUAGUGGUGGGUCUGAUUUCCCCGUGUAGAAAUGGCUGUUGAUAGUGAGAAAUCAGCUACGGAUGGGAAGAUUUGGAGUCUUUGCAAAAUGCCGUUUUGGCAGGCAAGCAUUGCUUCCUCUUCUUCUUCUUCUGCCUCUGCUUCGGUUUCUGGUCCGAGUCACACUCAUCAUGCUGUUGAAAGUUCGAGCCUGCAUUCUUCGAAUGCCGUUUCGGCUAUGGCCAAGUCUCUGCUUCCGACUCGAAGAAGGCUGCGACUUGAUCCUCCCAACAAGCUCUUCUUUCCCUUUGAGCCUGGAAAGCAAGUCAGGAGUGCCAUUGGGAUUAAAAACACCAGCAAGUCUCAUGUGGCUUUCAAGUUCCAAACAACUGCACCAAAGAGUUGUUAUAUGCGUCCUCCGGGUGGUAUACUUGCUCCCGGUGAAACUAUAAUUGCAACAGUUUUCAAAUUUGUUGAGCCGCCAGAGAACAAUGAGAAACUAGUAGAUCACAAGAGCAAGGUUAAGUUCAAAAUCAUGAGCUUAAAGGUGAAAGGUGAAAUGGACUAUGUACCAGAACUGUUUGAUGAGCAAAGGGAUCAAGUAGCUGUUGAGCAAAUUUUGCGGGUAGUUUUCCUUGAAUCCGAACGGCCUAGCCCUGCAAUGGAAAAACUUAAGCGACAGCUGGCAGAGGCCGAGGCUGCACUUGAAGCACGUAAGAAGCCUCCAGAAGACACAGGUCCUCGAAUUGUUGGGGAAGGACUUGUUAUAGAUGAAUGGAAAGAACGGAGGGAAAGAUACCUUGCACGGCAGCAAGUUGAAGGGAUGGAUUCAGUGUGAAGUACUGUCAGUUCCUCAUGUUUUGUGCAAUUAUUUUGUUAGAACAGCUCUAUAUUGUGAUCUUGAGUUUCUCAUCAAUCGAUCUCUAAGUGGUGGUAGAGACCAGCAAGAGGGGACUGUGAAAAGAUACUAUGGAAGCAUCUCUGUUGUCAUAGAUGUGAGUAAAAUUGUAUUUGGUUUAAAGUAAUUGAUUAAGGGUCAUCCCUAUUACUUGUAGAAAGCAGGAUUUUAAUUAGAAUUGAAAUUGUUACUUGUUGAAGAAUGAA